GGGGUAAGCUUUUAGCCAAUGGCGAAGCGCGCUUUUUCAAAACUGUUGAAGGUCCAGGAAGUUGACAGGCCCUUUUUUUAUGGCAAGAAAGAACUGGACGAAGGAACUUUAAAUCAGCACAAAACGUCUGGUAAACCAAACAAAAUUGGAUCAGCAUCAUGAACUCCUCUUCAGUCCUUCAUCAGCAAAGUCAGAAUAAAAUUCGCAGUGAAUUUCGAAGAAUGAAGAAUGACUACAACAUAAAACAAGCAGAGCCAAAGCUUUCCAAAGUUAUGUCUUCACUACACCUUUCAAACAAAGCUGGUGAGAACAAAGAUCCUGCAGAAUCCGGUCGAAAGCCACCUUUGCAACCAAGUGGGAGCCGGCUUCCAGUGCUCGCAAAGUCCCUUAAACUUCAGGCCUCCUCUGAAUUCAAGCACUGCCACAAGUGGGAAGAGAAGCCUUUAGCUGGUAAAGCAAAGAAGAAGAAGCCAUGCACCCGGCCCAUACCGUUUAACUUCUCACAGACAAAAAGCACAAAGAGGGCAGUUGAAAACCGUGAACCUUUAACAGUCCCUCAAUCAAGGAUUCAUGCUAAUCAGUCUGACCACAGUGCAUGCAAAGCAAGACCCAAUAAACAUCGAGAUGUCCUAAAAAACAGCAGGGAUUCACUCAAAGAUUUAGGAAAAUCCGAUGGAAUAUCAGGGCAGCCCAGUCCGAAAUUAAAGACUUCGGCCCCUUUGAAUAAUCUUUUGUCCACUUCUGGUAACACAGUGACUCGGAAUGUAAGUAUGUCCGCUGCCUGGGCUCAUCUUCGUCCAGAGGUCAGUUCUAACCUGCUUGCUGGCAAAGAGCCCUCCAAGACUUCACUUGCCGAUCAGACGGCAUUACUGACAACACAGACCAGUCGUUUAAAACUUUUAAAUGGGGAGAACUUCCAAACAGACCAUGUGGCUUUGCUGAGUAUCCUCCGGAACGAGGUCAUGGGCCAUGCAAGUCAGCUUACUCCAAAACACUCAAAACCAUACAACUAUCUACCUCAGCGAGUGUCCAUUAUGAAGAGUCAACAAAAAGAUGGGCCCACUGCAGGACCGAUGAGGUUCUCACCAGACGCCGCUGCUCUGCAAAGUAUCCUUCAGAACGAGGGCGUUAAGGCUGCAGGGACUAUGGGUGCCACACCCAGAAAUUCAGUGUGUCCAUCAGGCAGAGGCACUUCAAUCUACACUGCUCAGAGAGUGCCUGUUAAGAAAAGAUGUGCGGAGUCGACCUGUCGUCCAGUGGCGGCGCUGAAAGAGACGGCACAAACAAAAUGGACUCCACAGAGAAUCCGCGACACCAAACAUCAGCCUAUGUCUGCUAUGAAGUGGCAUCAGUCGUCAUACGGCACCCUUGGACACAGAAGCUGCAAAAGCAACAUUCAGCCACGUCAGGAGCAGGAGGUUGUUCAGAGGUUAUUUGAUGAUCCAGAAGACGAACAGAGCGCAGCUGGGACGGAUAAAGAUCCCUCAAAACAAACGGAGCAGAUCCCAGUUCCAGCCUUCACCAAUAAACCUCCCAGUGAGGAGAAGGCAGAGGCGGAGAGGUGCAACAGUGAUGAUGAUGAUGAUGAGGAGGGGGACCUCCAGAGUUUCCGUCAGGCACCACCAAGAGAGUCUGUCAUCUUUUUCUCAACUGGUAAAAAGUUGAUCAGAGCUCCACGGUUUGAGAACCUGGAAGGCUCAGAGCUGCAGGACCAGAAUGAUCCAGUUUCAUCAGAUCAGAGAAAGUUCAAAACUGCACACAGCGACCCAUCAGAGCUGACUCAUCAGAUCAACUCUGCCGUUCAUCACCUGCACAAAUACGUCACCACCCAGAAGGCUUGUUCUCUGAAUCCUGCAGUGGCCAUGAUACGGAAACGUUUUCCUCCUCUGGAGGAGCUGCGAAUGGAUGAGGAGGUGGCAACCUACACCUCCGUGUCUGUCCCAGCCGCUUCCUGGUCUGUCCCCUCUCGGUCUUGCUGUGGAAACCCGGUGGCUUCCAUUUUGCACUUUGAGGAGUCCACGAGAUUUGUCCCGAUUGACCAUGAUCUCUCUUCUGGUCCUUCAUCCAUGUUCAGUUCUUUACAGCAGCAGAGAUGAUUUGCACUGCAAGAACACUGAAAACCCAACCUCAGCAACACUGCCACUGCAUGUUAUGUCGUUUCAAUUCACAGAAGACCAUUCGAUCAGUGUGUUUUAAAGCUGUUGUAUUAAUUAAUGUUCUGAUAUAUCAGAAUGAUUAGCAUUGCUACUAAUAAUCCUUGUGUGGAUUUAAAUGAUGUACAGGCUUUAAAGUAUAAUAAAUUUGUUAGAUUUA